UCCUAGAAGAAGAUCAAGCUACGAUUCUACUCUUGCAUUGAUCAUUGAACCACACUAUGCUUUUGGCCUUAUUCUACUUAUACAUUGAACCAUACUGUGCAUCUGUUUCUUAAAAUCUAUUUUUGCUAGAAGAACAGAAUCCAGAAUUUGUAUUUGUUCCAUCUUUAGUUUGCCCAAAAAGCUAAACCAAUCUACAGAAUAGAGUUGACAAUGGCAACAAUUGCUUUGCAGCGACCUUUUCUGUUGAAAACUUCAUCUUUCGGAAUCAAAACGCCAUACCGCAAUGACAGAGCUUCUGGCAUUUGGACAAUGUCAGCGAAUUGGAAUCCUUCACAAACGAGAGAGCAAAUGGAAAUCUCAAAAGAGCUUCGAACUGUUUCUGCUACCGAAUCUGUGCCGGUGGUAGCUCCAGCAGAACUCCAAUUUGACAAGCCGCAACCACAGGAUCAAAUGCUCUUUCAAGAAAACCGACUUCAGUUUGGACAGUUUGUGGUUCGCAGGGCUGUACUAGACGAAGAGUAUUGGCAGCUUGGCUGCGAGCAGAGAGUCACUGGGAGGACAGAAGAAAUGACAGAUUUUGCAGACAACACCAAUAAUUGUACUAAGCUCAGAGAGCAAGCUGGCCUAUGUACUAAAGAGAAAAGAUUUGCUGAUAACUACAAAAGGAAGUUUGCGGAGCAGGAAUAUAAUGCACUAAAAAGAAGAUCCAACACACAACUAGGGGAUAAAUGCACCUGCAUGGUGGCGGUAAAGAAGGAAAACAGAGACGUGAAACAUACUGUGCUGAAGAGUGUCGUUGGAACACUAGACUUGAGCAUCCAAUACUUGUCACAAGGAGAGACCUUUCCAGGGGAACGGGUGAAAAAUCCUCUCUUCUGCAGUAUUGAUAGAAAAUCCUGCAGAAGAUAUGGUUACAUAUCCAAUUUAUGCGUUGCCAAAUCAGCACGCCGGCAGGGCAUUGCAAGCAAAAUGAUUCUCUUUGCAAUCAGCUCAGCAAAAAGAGAUGGCGCAGAACAGGUGUUUGUGCAUGUACAUAGGUUCAACACGCCUGCUCAGGAACUGUAUCACAAGAUGGGUUUUCAGAUGGUCGAAGCAGCAAGUUUUGACAAGUCAAAUGAGCAAAUUUAUUUGCUUCAACUCGGAUCAUGAAAUCCGUCCAACAAAUUCUGUUUGUUCCUUGCAGAAGCCUACCUUUUCGGUGCAACCAACCUCAGCCCAAAAAAAAAAAAAAGGGGAACUGAAAACCGUAUAUUCAGAGUAGUCCAAGCUCCACAUCGAAGAAACUAUGAGAAAGAUUGGGCUGCUGUCAAUUUCUAAUUUAGCACUAUUAUUACAUCUAACAAGUUUUCUGGAGCCUUGUAUUAGCUGCCUCCAGAGUCUAGAUUCCAGACCGGCACAGCCACAAAGGAAACUAGCUGUCUAACCGUUGUAAUUGUAAUCUUUGAUCAAACUGUUUGGUAUUGAAUAUCAAAAAGUUGUUAGUAGUAA